AUGUGUCUUUACGUCGGCAACUUUUACGACUGCAACCACGUCCGCUUCGAGGUCCAUCUCUUCUGCCGAGCCUUGCUCUGCGAGCUGACUCGCAUCAACGACCCAGUUGAGCGCACUUGUUUCGACCUGCCAUUCAACCCAGACAUCCCUGGCUGUGAGCCACACGCAGCCACUGCUGCCAACUCAGUUGAGCUUGCCUGGGAUGGUUGUGGGGCCGCGAACCGGAGCAAUGUAGUGCAGUGGGUGAUAUGUGUGGACGUGUGCGAGGAUUGUUCCGACAGGCUGUGA